GGAAGAUAGGCCAGGAGUCGGUUUCGCCUGCGCUUUCGAGGCUGUUAUUUACGAAGUAGGGAAGAAGCGAGGGAAGGGAGCCUGUUAAAGGGCGCAGGAGGAGGGCUGGGGGGCCGGGCUGAGUCUGGGGAGUAGGAAGGGAAGGGGGGAAAGUAGCUCUGGGAGGAGCGCUGAGAAAAGAGGCAGCCAUAGGCCAGAGAGAAGCAGGUUGCUAGGCAAGGAAGGCGUCUGUCUGAGGGGAGAGGCUCGAGUUGUAGGGGGCACCCAGUAGUGUAGAGGACUUUAGAACCCCAUGGCGGCAGCAGUGUCUGCAGGUGGUGGCCCCCCAAAUCCCGUGGCCACCCUCCACGAGGAGGCUGUCUGUGCUAUCUGCCUGGACUAUUUCACUGACCCAGUGUCCAUUGGAUGCGGCCACAACUUCUGCCGUGUCUGUAUCACUCAGUUGUGGGGGUCCGAGGACAGUCCAGAUGAGGAGGAAGAAGGAGGAGAUGAUGUAGGAGCAUCCGGCUCAGAUGGUGACUACAGGCCUGGUUCUGAGGAGGCUGUUGAAGAUGGAGGGAUAGAUGACUUGGGGCCUGAGGAAGAUGCUGAAGAUGAUGAUUAUUUAGAGGAUGAGUAUCUGGACGAUGGGGACAUGUAUGGAGAAGAAGAGGACGAUGCAUCCAGAGAUGAUUAUGAUGAAGAUGAUGAGGACGUGUGGGAUGAGGAAGAAGACAGAGAUUAUUGGGACCAGGAUCCUGGGUCAGAUGACAUGUGGGAGGAUGCUAUGGGGGGUGAUCUGUUCUUUGACAAUUAUGCAGAGGAGGAGGAAGUGAUGGAUGAAGAAGUGGAAGAUGACGCAGACUAUGGUGUGGAAGUAGCCUCCUCUCUUCCAGCAGAACGCCAGUCUUUCACUUGCCCACAGUGCCGCAAAACUUUCCCUCAUCGCAACUUCCGCCCUAACCUUCAGUUGGCUAAUAUGGUGCAGAUCAUCCGCCAGAUGCAUCCUCAGCCACUCAAGGCCUCGACAGUGUCAACUGAGGUGGUGGAGCUGGCGGCGGCAGGGGAUGCAUCUGGAGUACCAUCUACCUUGGCAUCAGGCAGAGUUCUACGAAGUAGGCGAGCCUUGUGUGAGAAGCAUCAGGAGCCCCUCAAGCUUUUCUGCGAAACUGAUGAGGAACCUAUCUGUGUGGUGUGCAGGGAGUCACGAAACCAUAAGCACCAUAGUGUCAUGCCACUUGAGGAAGUUGUACAAGAAUACAAGGCCAAACUUCAGGACCACUUGGAUCCACUGAAGAAGAAACUGGAGACUGUUCUGAAGCAGAAGUCAACUGAACAGGAGAAAGUAGCUGAUCUCAUGAACAAGAUGAAGAUGGAUAGGAAAGAGUUUGAGUCAGACUUUGAGCGACUGCACCAGUUCCUUGUGGGGGAGCAGGCGCUGCUGCUGCAUCAGCUAGAGGAUCGCUAUGAAAUUCUGCUGGCCCGCCAGAAUAGUAAUAUCACUCAUCUGGAGGAACAAAGUGCUGCACUCAGCCGCCUCAUUGCAGAAGCUGAAGACAAGAGCAAGCAGGAUGGUUUGCAGCUGCUCAAGGAUUUCAAAGGCACCUUAGUCAGGUGCGAGAACAUAAAAUUCCAGGACCCUGAGAUGGUGCCAGUUGACACAGGAAAGAAAUACCGGAACUAUUUCCUUGUGGAUAUCUUGAUGAAGAAGAUGGAGAAAGUCUUCUUGAAAGUCCCUAAAGUUGACUUGACCCUGGACCCAGAGACAGCCCAUCCACGGCUCACCCUUUCCUCGGACUGCCACAGUGUCCGACUUGGGGAACGUUGGCGAGACGUGCCGGACAACCCCAAACGCUUCAAUUCUGACUACUGUGUGCUGGCUUUGAAGGGUUUCACCAGUGGCCGCCACUGUUGGGAAGUGGAGGUGGGUGGUCGGCGGGGUUGGGCAGUGGGGGCAGCCCGCGAAUCAGCUAGACGCAAAGAGAAGUCCAGUGGUGGUCCCCAUCUGAAGCGGGAGAUCUGGUGUGUGGGGACCAAUGGCAAGAAGUACCAGGCACUGACAACCACUGAGCAGACAUCCCUCUCUCCAUCAGAGAAGCUCCGGCGCUUUUGUGUCUACCUGGACUAUGAGCAGGGCCAGCUGAGCUUCUACAAUGCUGAGAGCAUGACCCAUAUCCACACUUUCAAUGCCUCUUUUCGUGAACGCAUCUUCCCUUUCUUCCGCAUCCUCUCCAAGGGCACCCGUAUCAAGAUCUGCAAUUGAUGCCACUUCUACUGCUAUUGCUGUCAUAUGUAACUGGAUGCUUCCCGCCCCCCCCCCCGCCCCCCGAGUCUCCAUUAUUUUCAAAAUUCUCCUGCUCUCUUUUAUCCUCUUUGCUGCAUCCUUGACGGAUUCCAAUAACUAAAUGAAUUUACUCUGACAAAGACUCAUCCCCUUCUAAAGAGCCAUUAUUUCUCAGAUAGGAUUCUGUUUGGCUCAACCCAGUCUAUUGAUCUGAUUUUCUUUUCCUAAUUUAGAGAUCUCUUUGUGGUUCAGAGCCAUCCUUGCAAGAAGCCCUUUUCCUUUGCCUUUUGGGGUUCUAGGACUUUCCUCCUUUCUUGCAAGGUCUCUGGGUCCUUAAUUCUCCCCCGUCCCCACCAUUUCUUCCUUUGACGGGGUAUGAAUUGAGUCUUACUUGACUGGUGGUUCCUCGAUUUUAUUUUUGGUGGGAAUCUGCUAUAGCUAAGAAGCCUUGGGACUGCCGUUUCCUAGCCCUUCUGACAUUCUAAAACCAUCUGAAUCUCACUGAUUCCUUGCAGUCCUCAACUUUUGUGACUUUCGGUGCCCCAGCAGUGACUAGUAUCAGCAUGUCCUUAGAACUGAUUUCCCAGCAUGGAUUUGACCUACUUCAGUCUGGUCCCAGAUAUCAGCAAACAUCAGAAAACCACUUAACGAUGGUGGUCUGAAUUUUAAAUACAACUUUUAGAGAAAUGAUGUGCCUGGCUUCCAAAUCCAGGAUGGUUUCUUCCUUUCCAGUUGCUCCAGUUUCGGCCUUCUAAGGGUCCCCCUCUUUUCUAAAAGAGCCUAAUUUAUCAUCUUCUCUUAUUCUUUACUAUCAUGCGAUAUUUUUUAAAGAGAGACAGCUACAAGUCCUAUCCCACUUCUCUAUUUGUGAGUUGAUGCAAUGUCCUGGCUUUCUGUCUCUCUCGGUAUUUUUUUCUCUUCUGCCUAGAUUGCAAGUGUUUCUAGAUACUACUAAGUGUGUGAUGUACAGGAUAUAUUUUGGCCAAUGGCAAGUCCUAGCCGACAGGCUCUUCUGCUCUUGAAUGUAGCUGGAUGACCAUGGCCCCUGGAAUGAGUGUACCCACAUCCGAAGCUCUCUAUAAAGCUUUGAUGAUGGGACUCCAUCACUGCUGCCUCAUCUUUACCCUAAUGCUGAGGUUUAGAUAACUUAUUUUAAAUUUCUUUCCACCCCCAUCAUUUCACACACUUGCAGCUGAAUCUUUCUACUCCUCCACCCCUCAAGCUGCCGUGGGCUUUAGCUGUGCCAGCUUUGUGUGUUAUGUGUGUUUGGAUUCUUGGCAUUACAGAGCUCCUUUGAACUAUUUUUGGCUAAAAAGACACUUAAAAUGGAGAUUUAGUUUUUUGGGAAAAAAACUUGAGAGAAUAAAUAAAGAAAAGUUGCACAA